GUGCUUAUUUUUUGCAAACGUGCAAUGCUUCCAAGGUGGCGUUGCUCUUCCAAGUCAUGCUUGUUCCAUUGUUAUGGCAGUCGGUCGGUUCCCCCAUGAGAUGGUUGCCUGAAUACUGCAUUGCCCAUACAACCUAGCUUCACACACUUCUUCAACUGCCUCACAAAAUGGCCGCCCAGCACUCCCGAGAAGCAUGAGCAACUUUUGUUGUUUGUCUCGCCAAGUUCACGUUAAGUUUUGUUGUAAUGCCAAUCAUUUCAUUUCUGCAUAGAAAGUGUGCUUCGGAUGGGUAUUCGAAACCACAACAGGCAACUUGUCUACCGUCUAACAUGUAUAACUUGAGCUAAAAUCGUCAGACAAAAUAGCUCCCAAACCAGAAUGGCGCCUGAGCGGUGCCCCUGAAUCAGAAUGACAGGAGUUCUGUUUGAGUUGACACACCAGUGGACAAAUCACAACACUUCACAGCGGCGACUUGCACUUAGACAGCCAAUGGAACGUCGAUCUCAAAGGGCUGGCGUUAAUGCGGCGAAGCAAGGUCCUCUUCAUACAUGUUCCAGGGCACAAAUCAACAGCGAACGUUUCCUGCCCUGAUGCAUGGUGGUCGAACGGAGGGAUUGUUGGAAAAUUUCGGAGGCAAACGAUGCUCUUGGCCCAGGUGAGGGAUUCUCAGGCCAUGGAGUUCCAAAGUGUGGAUGGAGAUUCCCAGCAGGUGACCCUGUGCUUAACGGAGGCGGUCACAGUGGCAGAUGGUGAUCACAUCGAAAACCUGGACACGGUUAGCCUGCAAGCAGUGACGCUGGUCGAUGGCUCCACUGCUUACAUUCAGCACAACCCGAAAGUGCUGUCUGACAGUAAGCUGAUGGAGGGUCAGAUGAUCCAGCUGGAGGACGGCUCUGCUGCCUAUAUCCAGCACCUGCCCAUGCCCAAAUCAGGUGGCGAGGGCCUACGCCUGGAGGACGGCCAGGCAGUGCAGCUGGAGGACGGGACGACAGCGUACAUCCACACACCAAAAGAGACGUACGAGCAGGGCAGCUUGCAGGCCGUGCAGCUGGAGGACGGGACCACAGCUUACAUCCAGCACGCGGUGCACAUGCCCCAGGGCAACACCAUCCUGGCCAUCCAGGCAGACGGCACUGUGGCAGACCUGCAGGCAGAGGGCGCUAUAGACGCCGAGACCAUCAGUGUGCUGGAGCAGUACACGACCAAGGUAGAAAAUACUGAGUGUGGCACAGGACUCUUAGGAAGAACGGACACUGACAAUGGCAUCAUGCAGAUCGUGCUGCAGGGUCAGGACGGCAGGUCUAGUCGGGUGCAGCACGUUGGAGAGAAGACGUUUCGCUGUGACCACGAGGGCUGCGGCAAACUCUACACCACGGCACACCACCUCAAGGUACACGAACGCUCACACACUGGCGAUAAACCGUAUUUGUGUGAACACAUCGGAUGUGGGAAGAAAUUUGCCACAGGCUAUGGGCUCAAGAGUCACAUCAGGACACACACGGGCGAGAAGCCGUACCGUUGCCAGGAGACCAACUGUCAUAAAUCCUUCAAGACGUCAGGAGAUCUGCAGAAGCACACGCGGACACACACAGGGGAGAAGCCCUUCAAGUGUCCGUUUGAAGGCUGCGGUCGCUCCUUCACCACUUCCAACAUUCGCAAGGUGCACAUCCGGACGCACACGGGAGAGAGGCCUUACUACUGCUCAGAGCCCAGCUGUGGGAGGGCCUUCGCCAGCGCCACCAAUUACAAGAACCACAUGCGGAUACACACAGGAGAGAAGCCGUACGUGUGCACAGUGCCCGGCUGCGAUAAGCGCUUCACAGAGUACUCCAGCCUGUACAAGCACCACGUGGUGCACACGCCCUGCAAGCCCUACGUCUGCAGCCACUGCGGCAAGACCUACAAGCAGAUCUCCACGCUGGCCAUGCACAAGCGCACCGCGCACAACGACACCGAGCCCAUCGAGGAGGAACAGGAGGCGUACUUCGAACCGCCCACAGAGGCCAUGGACGACCCGAGCAUCACCUUCACGCCCGCCGUGGUGGAGGAGGAGUCGGGGAUGGAGCAGGUUGCCGCGGGAACGGCUGAGAUCAUCGACCAGCAGCACGUCCUUAUCACACAAGACGGAACGCAGCAGUGUGUUUAUCUUCCCUCUCAGGUCAGUUUGUCCCAGGCGGACAUGCAGGCGAUGGGCGGCACGAUUACCAUGGUAACGCAAGAGGGCACCACCAUCACUAUUCCGACCCACGAGGCCAUGCUGUCGUCCGGGGGCACACACGCCGUUACCAUGGUGACAGCAGAUGGCACGGAGGGACAGGUUGCUAUAGUAACUCCCGACCUAUCGGCGUUUCAAACGGAGGACGGGGAGCUGAUGCAGGAGCAGGACGGAGGGCCACACCCCGUCACUCUGCUGGCCACCUCCAAUGGCACACACAUCGCCGUACAGCUUAGUGAUCAGCCCUCGCUCGAAGAAGCCAUUCGAAUCGCUUCUAGAAUACAGCAAGGAGAGACGCCUGGACUUGACGACUGAUGGAGACCCACUCAGACGAACCCCAUUACAGAGACUAUGAACUGGAGUUUGGGAUGACCUAAUCACGAAUUAUUAAUCCCAGAACCAAUAGAAGAGAACUGAUGAUCAUAUUUGAAGAUUUAAGAUAUUUUUGUGUGCGCAGUGUACAUAUGUUUUAAAACUGGACUUUUUUGCUGUACAGAUUUAUUCAAUAAUGCUAUUGAAUGUAUGGACUUUGGCCAACUAAUUAAAAAAAAAGAAAUCUACUUUGUUGUA